GUGACGUUUCUGUGACGCAGGUUCAGCCUCCAUCACUGGUCGAGCCCACUGACAGAAAACACCACCUAGAAACGACGCGAGGCCUAGCGAGUUUCGGAAAUAUGUAGUAAGCUCGCACAGUUCAGCAUAUUUCGACAACUGGGGGUUUGGUGGAGCUGCACUACUACGUUACAUGAGAAGCUAAUAUGGGGGGCCAUGAUGAUGAAGAUAUGCCAUAUGUUGUGAAUAAACAAAAACACGACGAAGAGCUGAAGAACAAGCUGAAUGACAGCAGUCACUGGUGCGAACAGGAGUCUACUGGCAACAAUGCCAAGUGGGUUAAAGAAGGCCAGAACCAGCUGCGGAAAGUAGCUGAGAACCAUCAGGACCAGGACCACAACUGCAACAUCAGUCAGAAUGGGAACAAAGAUGACUUCCCUCAUCAGAACACCACUCAGGAAGAACAGCAGGGAAACGAGGAGCAAAACAAGUCUCCCAAAAUAUCAAUGACCCCUGGGCUCAGUCAGGAGGAGUCCAAGAAGCCUCUGCUCAUCGACACUGCAGAGUGUACAGAAGAAAAAGACAAAAAGAGAGAAGAAGAUGAUAAAGAGAAGGAAAAAAACUCAGAGGAAGAGGAAGAUAUAUCAGGGGACACCAUAGAAGAGUCAGAGACUGAAGAUGUGGAGUCUCAGAGAGAGGCCUGUGUUGUGGGGAGAAAUCCCUGCCUCCUGUUCUCCAACAUGAAUGGGACACCGAAUGAGGAAGAGGCCAGCUGGCCUCCACUGACUCAGGACAACACCGCUGACAGCUCUCCAAAUGGCAACAAAGAUUCCUUUUGGGAUUCCAGUGCCUUUGAGACUGACACGGACCUGCCUUCAGGAUGGAUGAGAGUGCGUGAUACAUCCGGCACAUACUACUGGCACAUCCCCACAGGCACCACCCAGUGGGAGCCUCCUUCACCCCUGGGUAAAGUUGGCGACUCCACGAUGUCCUCCACUAUGUCCCUGGAGACUACGCCCUGUGAAGAGACUGAGGAAUCCUGGGCUCAGCUUUCCAGCACUGAUGAAGGAGUCGGGGAGGGGGAACUGUGGAACGAGGAGGGAGAGGUUGCUUCUGAUCAAAGCUUGAAGGAGUUUGAAGGGGCAACUCUACGCUAUGCAUCCAUCAACCUGAAUUACAAUUGCUCCAUGUCUGAGGAAGAACAGAAGCUCGCUCCACUCUGCACAGACUUAGAAACUAAGUGUUUUGCAGUGCGUUCCCUGGGCUGGGUGGAGAUGUCUGAAGAGGACAUGGUACCUGGCAAGAGCAGUGUUGCUGUGAACAACUGCAUCAGACAGCUCUCCUAUCACAAACACAACCUCCAUGACACUGCAGGAAUCUGGGGAGAGGGUAAGGACAUGCUGAUGGUUCUGGAGAACGACACGAUGAACUUGAUCGACCCUCUGGGCCAGACUCUGCUUCACGCUCAGCCCAUUGGCAGCAUCCGUGUGUGGGGUGUUGGCAGAGACAACGGCAGGGAUUUUGCUUACGUGGCUCGGGACAACCUGACUCAAGUUCUGAAGUGUCAUGUUUUCCGCUGCGACUCACCUGCCAAGAACAUCGCCACCAGCCUGCAUGAGAUGUGUUCAAAGAUAAUGAUGGAGAGAAAGGCGAACAAACCGGGGCUGAGCAGGCUGAGCUCUGACCCGAAUCAACCUGUGGUCACCAUUGAAGAGUUCCCUGCUCCGAAAAACGAGCUCUUCCAGCGCUUCCAUGUUUAUUACCUUGGUUGUGAGGCUGUGGCAAAGCCAGUUGGUAUGGAUAUAAUUAAUGACUCGCUCGAGGCAGCAAUUAAUGGAAAAGAUAAGAAUGAGUGGACUCCUGUCUCUGUGAAUAUCGCACCAGCCACGCUCACAAUACUUUCAAAACAGACUGAGGACGUGCUGUCAGAGUGCAGGGUGCGUUUCCUCUCCUUCAUGGGUGUGGGAAAGGACGUCCACAGCUUUGCUUUCAUCAUGGCCGAGGGUCCAGGAGAUUACACCUGUCACAUGUUUUGGUGCGAACCCAACGCGGCCAGUCUUAGUGAGUCCGUACAGGCGGCCUGCAUGCUUCGUUACCAGAAAUGCUUGGAUGCUCGUCCGCCUAGCCUGGCCUCCUGCCUCCCUACCCCUCCUGCUGACUCUGUGGCUCGCCGGGUGAAGAAGGGGGUGCAGAGUCUGCUGGGCAGCUUUAAGAGCUACAGGUCAGGCCCUCAGUCCCCUUGAGUUGGAGUGAAGAUGAUCCCCAUUAAGUGCAAGGUCCAUCACCACAGUCCCUUUUCACUGUUCCUCUCUCACCCUUCUGCCACAGUUUCGCCUUACGAGCGUUUCACUUGUCUAGUCACCAGUCUAGUGCGUGGAGUAGUUUGUUGGGAAAAUGUCUGUGUGGAAAGAUUGCAUUUAUUGGCUUCUCCCAUCUCCAAACAGAUGAAACCCAAGCAUCUAUUGUUUUUCUUUUCUGGGAUUCUUUCUGUGAGUCUUAACUAUUUUUGUGUUUUAACAGAAACAAUGCUAUGAAUGUUGGAUUGUGGAUGUAAUAUAUAUAUAUAUAAAUAUAUACAUGCAUAUGCUAGAAUUUGCUUGAAAAUGAGGUUGCUAGAUUCUCUCACAGAAAUCGUCUCGUUCCCUUUUCCUCCAUGGUGCAACUUUCAUCUCUGACACUCCUAUUUUUUUACUGCUGUCACACACUUGUUGUCAGUUGGUGUCUAGAACCCUAAUAUUGAUUCACUAAAACGUCAUUGCACCGCUCUUUCCACCACCCUAGGUUGUAAUACAAGCGCUGUAGUGUGUCCCUGACCCUCCCAAACUAUGUAUUUUAGUCUUCCAAAGAACUGUAUGGUCAUCUGUCACAUAGUGAGCAGCCACUGAGUGUAGUGUGUUCCUCAUACAUUCUGCAUGGACAUUUGCAAGUUCAGUGCUAGUGUGCAAUAAUCAGAUGUUCCUGUGUGGUGUGUGUGUGGUGAUAUGACGGCUGCCUUGUGAUUCGUUUGUUCACUUUAAAUGAGAAAGUCUGGCCAGAUUGAGUGUGAGGCCACUGGAACAAAAGAGCCAUGUCAAGAAAACCAUUAUUGUGUGCUAGAAAUAAUAGUGAUUAAAAAAAAAAACAAAACUCAUGGUUUUCACACAGCCGUUACCCAUCAACAACUACUGAUUAGUACUGUAGAAACUCACCACAAGCUGCAUGUUUUGAUAGCUUAGAGUUUUCACUGCUCGCAGCAGUAUAGUGCUUAAGACCCAUCAAUGUAUCCUGUAAAUUCCUGCUCUGUGUUUCCGUACGGUAGGAGGAGGCUGGAGUUGAUGUGUUGUUUCGUGUUACAUAGGCAUGUCACUCUAGUAAGUGUCAGUGUUUAUCAUAAGCUAGCGGUAGAAAGUUAGACUUACUGUCAGAUCCUUCAGACUGAAAAGAUGAAAGCAGGUUAUAAUGUUUGUAUUUACAGUUUGUGUAUAUGGAAAACCUAGAGAUUACUUCUCGAUUGGUUUACAUUUUUAUUUUUAUUUUGGUGGCCACAUUUUGGCCCCGGGCCACCUGAUCUAAUGUAUUUUUUAAUGUGUCCACAAAUUACAACGUACGCGAUUAAGAUGAGAUUAACAUUAAUUUGUUAGAUUUACUUUUUUAUAAAGAAAACACUAAUUAGAUAAGUUGUAUGCUAUCUUUAUAUGUCUGUCAGUGAUCAAUACUGUCUGUAGCACAAUAGUAAUAGUCAUCUCUAAUAUUAAAGAUGCAGUUUGUAAGAUUUUUGACCUGCAGGGCUUUUGUUUGGCCACGUUGAGACCUUUGGUAGCUACUUACUCCUCAGGCUAUAGCUGACUCCACUACUGAGAGAUAAAAAUACAUCUAGAAAGGAGACAAAACCACAUCACUUAAUCAAAUUAAAACACAUGUUGUGGAAAGGAAUGUAUUUACAUGCAUAGAUAAUACAGCUUUGUAUUUUAAAAACAAACAAACAAAUGCAUAUAUGAAUGUUAAGAAGUGACACGUUUUGUUAAAUGAGUGAAAGUGGUGCAUAAUGAUACAUCUGUGGUCUAAAGUAGGGGUCUAAACUUUUAAAAAUACAUUUUGAGUCUCAAUUAACAUCAAUCAGCAACAAAUGGUUCACAACCUUUUAACUUACACAAUGUUUUGUUUAAAAAAACACUCAUUUGAUUUUUAUAUUAAAACAAAGCUGAAAUCAGAAUUGGGCCAAGAGUAACAUGAAAUAUAUAACUUAUGUUUGAAACCAAUUAAAUAGAUACCUACUUUAUGCUCCUAAAUAUUUUAGAGUAACCACUAAAACCCUUAAUCUCUUACCAACUUCUUUAAAUGUGUAAUAUAUAACACUAAUGAAAGUCUUCAUUGCCUCAUAUUACUGCCAUGUCACUCACGUGUCACCUGGAAUUAUGGUGUCUUUUUCCCAGUUUGCCGUGUCCAGUCAGUGGCAACACGAGUUAAAGAACAUUAGCAGAUUAAUUUAUUUCUGUUCAUGUACAUUAGGUGUAUAAAAUGUAUGUAUAUAAAAGUCACUGCACAAUAAAUGUGAACAUAUCAUA